CCAGGUCAGACCCACACCAACGCCCUGGCCUCGUCCGCAUUUGUCGAUGAUCGCAAUGGCCUCCUUCCAAGACAACGAGCAUGUGCUGUGCUUUCACGGUCCUCUCAUCUACGACGCAAAGAUCCUCAAGUCUGAAAUCCGGGAUGGGUCCGAAGGAAGCAGCCCUUUCUAUCUGGUGCAUUACAAAGGAUGGAAACAAACCUGGGAUGAAUGGGUUCCCGAGUCUCGCAUCCUCAAGAACACUGACGAAAAUCGCCAGCGUGCCGAUGACCUGAAGAGGACAUCCGAGAAGAAGGCCUCCACCAACAAAAAGGCGGGGACGAUUGAGAAGAAAGCCACGCACGAUAACGGAACGGAUCGCGGGAAGAAACGAGUCCGAGACUCGCUGUUUGACAAGGAAGAAGACUUUCUCAGGCGACUGGAAAUCAAGAUUCCCAUCCCAGACAAACUCAAAGUCCAACUCGUGGAUGACUGGGAAUACGUCACAAAAUCACAAAUGCUUGUGUCGCUGCCUCGGUCGCAGAAUGUCGUCGAUGUCCUCAACAUGUACCGAGACGAAUACCGCAAGACACAUGAAGGCCGGAUGGUUGAGAUCAACGACGAAGUCAUCGAGGGUCUCAAGAUCUACUUUGACAAGGCCCUCGGCAACAUCCUCCUGUAUCGCUUUGAGCGACAGCAGUACGUUGAUCUCAAGAAAAAGUACAGCGACAAGCCCAUGUCGGAGCUCUAUGGACCCGAGCACCUGCUGCGUCUGUUUGUUCAAUUGCCUCAGUUGAUUGCACACACCAACAUGGACCAAGACGCUGUAAACUUGCUGCGAGACCAGCUUGUCGAUAUCCUGGCGUGGAUGAACAAAAUGCACGGCACUCUCUUUGCCCCUGCCUACACGCAAGCAACUCCUGGGUAUCUGAUGACCCAAAAAACCAACUGAGCCCCGACAGAUCGAGCGCAUUCAGCGGACGAAUAUUCAUGGAAUGGUGGUACCCGUUGAUUGCUGUUUCGUUUUCCCAAUACACCUUCUCUCCGCAGUGA